CUCAACGGGAGGAGACGACGAGCACUCGGAAAGUUAAGGUGGCGCUCCUCCGCGUAAAUGAGGCUGCUCGUGUCAACUGAUGGGCCGACGGAGAAAGUAAAGCGUUGAUUUACUCACUUUCCCGUCACUGCUGAGCGGACAUUUGAAGCAUUUAUUUGUGAACGUGCAGGACGCAGCGGCGGCGCCUCAAAUUAAGGAAUCACCAUGUCUGAUGGGGACUAUGAUUACCUCAUCAAAUUCCUAGCCCUGGGGGACUCCGGUGUGGGAAAAACGAGCUUUCUGUACCAGUACACCGACGGCAAGUUUAACUCCAAGUUCAUCACUACAGUGGGAAUAGACUUCAGAGAAAAAAGAAAGGUGUACAAUCCAGCAGGUCCAGAUGGAGCUCCAGGCAAAGGACAGAAGAUCCACUUGCAGCUGUGGGACACAGCAGGACAGGAAAGGUUUCGGAGUUUGACGACGGCUUUUUUUCGAGAUGCGAUGGGUUUUCUUCUCCUGUUUGAUCUCACGAACGAGCAAAGUUUCCUCAACGUCAGAAACUGGAUGAGUCAAUUACAGGUUCACGCGUACUGUGAGAAUCCAGAUGUGGUCCUCUGUGGCAACAAAUGUGACCUGGCGGAUCAGAGAGCAGUCAGUGAAAAAGAGGCUCGUGAGCUGGCAGAGAAAUACGGAAUCCCAUAUUUUGAGACGAGUGCUGCAAGUGGGCAGAACGUCGGCAAAGCCGUCGACGUCCUCCUGGAUCUCAUCAUGAAGAGGAUGGAGCGCUGCGUCGACAAGUCCUGGAUCCCGGAUGGGACGGUCCGUGCCAACGGCCCCUCCAACGCAAACCUCCAGGAGAGCUCCGAUAGAGGCAAAUGUGCAUGUUAGAAUGGAUUUAGUUGCACGUCUGUGUUUCACGUAGUACUGGAGGAACGUGGGAAGGUAUCAGAGUAUAGCAAGUGGGGAAUUUUAUUAUAUUUUGUGUUAAAGAAAAAAAGAAAAAAACUUAAUCAUCAUUAUGUGCGUUUGCUCCACGAACAAUGUGUUCCUGAUUUACUGACGUGAGGAACGGUUUCAGUAUCGUCAUCGUCGAACGAUUUAUUCACUUUGGCUAAGAGUUUGGGGUGUUGGUGCAUUAAACGCUGACGAUGCGUUCAGUUUCAAUAAUCGGCAAAACGUGCCAAGUUCAUUUAUAAACUAUCCUCCAAAUGAAUGUCUGCUGCAUGUUGCACGUGCUGUAAAUACGUAUUUUCAAGACAAAAUCAGUCGUCAGGACGUACUUUAGGUGACCAGUUUGUGCUGCUGAUAAUUUACUGAACGUCUUCAGUCCCACCAGAUAAAUGUAGCCCUUCCUGUCCAGCCAGGGUUUGCAGGGCGACUGCUUGUUUUCCACUCUUAAGUGCUCUUGUGGCCAGUAGUUGCAAAAAUAUUUUUGUAAUUAGAUUAAAAAAAUGUCAUGAGAAGUUAAAACACAAUAAAUGCAUUAAAGGUUUAUGCAUAUAUUACCUAACUCAUCCCUCGUUUUGCAACAUAUCGGUUAACAAAUCCCUUAAUUCAUUGGCUUGUGUACAAAGAUUUUGUGUGGGAGAUAAAUUAAAUGGUCCAUGUUGCCGUCUGAUCAAAUAAACUUGAAAACAGAAGUUUUGCAUCAAAUGAGAACAUUUAGAACUUCGUCCUCUCUGUUGCAUCCCUUAUUUUUGUCUUAAUGCCCUCAAGUGUUUUCAGACAAUAAUCCAUGUAUUAUAAACUUGUAUUUUUAUGUCCUGAAG